GGAGAAGGGAAACCCGCCUGCCGCGCGUCGGGAUGCGAGCCUGGCCAGAGGCCAUUGCUGCCGUCCUGGGGCUGGCAGGCAGCGCCAAGCUGCUGCCCAAGGGCAACCCGCACUGCUUUGGCGACGGCGUGCGGGAGGGCUACUCGUACGACACCUGUUGCGACACCGGCAAGGGGCCCCAGGGUGAGACCAGAUGCUGGGACGGCAUCAUGGACUUCUCGUACUGCUGCCGCCCGCCGGCCCCGCUGCCGCAGCGCGGCGACCCGCGGUGCUGGAAGGGGUUCCUCCAGCACAUGCACGAGUUCUGCUGCCUCGGGUCCCUGCAUCGGCAUGGCCCGCGUGGCAGCGAGGCCUGCUGGUACAACGCGGAGGCCAGCGGGCAGCGGGGACUCAGCGCCGCCCGCUGCUGCGACGUCGUCCCUGCGCGCGGCGCCGGGGGCGGCGCCCUAUGCCUCAACGCGGGCCACCGUCGACGUGCGCGCACAGGGGUGUGUCCUUCCGGCCCCCGACUGGCUUCGACGCGCUGCCCGCGGACGAACGCCCGCUGGAGCUGUCGAGGGACCCGGUGGUCUGGCCCGUGCCGCGGCCGAGGUCAGACUCGGGCGAGUGGGUCCUUUGCAGAAGGGGUCUCAAAAAUGCACGCAGCAGUCCGCGCCAUCGUUCCUGCUGGAUCGUGCUGGCCGCGGGCAGACUGCGUUGCAUUUGGCAUCGCUGGUCCGUGAGAGCGGCUCCGCGCCACGAGACACAGGAUGACCUGCUGCAUGUUUCACGACCCCACUGCGAAAGACUCCCCGUGCCCGGAACCAGCUAGGGGCACGCUGGCGCCGGCCGCUCACUUGGUGACUCUGGGCGUGGGCCGCUUCGCUGCGGCUCCCGCGCGGCUGCGGUCGGAGGCGCUGUCCCUGGGCGUGUUCGGCGAGGUGCACGCCUACACCAACUUCUCCUGGGUCGCAGGCCGCGAGGCGGAGGUCUGGAGCCGGCACAUGGACGCGUGGCGCGAGGGGCGCUCCCGGAUUGCCGGGUUCGGCUGGUGGAAGCCGGUCCUCUGCCGGCGGCACCUGGAGGCGCCGGCGCUGCCGCACCGCUCCGGCGUCGUGGUCUUCUCCGACGCCGGCAGCGAGCUGGAGCCAGUGUCAGCCAGGGCGUGGCAGGAGGCGCUUGUGGCGCUGCAGCGCUUCGACGUGCUGGCGGUGGUGGCGCCGGAGUACCUGGAGCGGCACUACACCAAGCGGGCCGUGCUGCGGCGCUUUGCCGCGGCCCUGGAGCAGAGCUCUUCCUUAGAGGACGGCCAGUUCAUCACCGGCCUGUUCGCGCUGCGGAAGACCCCGGCCGCGCUCCGCUUGCUGGAGGCGUGGGAGGCGCUGGUGCAGGACGUCGGGCUCGUGAACGAGGAGCCGGACCCGCUGGGGGAGGCGGACUACUUCAUCACGCACCGCCACGAGCAGAGCCUGUGGUCUCUGCUGCUCAAGUGCGCCAUUCUGGGCCGGGCGAUCCAGGUCCGGCAGGGCGGCCCGCUCCUGAAUCUCAGCGCGCGCGUGCUGAUCCUCACCAGCGGCUACGAGAGCUCCCAGCUGGCGAAGUUCUCCCGGCGCGGCGACUGACGCUCGCGGCGCGGCCGCGGGCGACGCCGCUGCGGGGGGGCAGGCGGCGGCGAAGGGACACGCCGGCUGCGGGCGGUGGAGCGGCCGAGCGGCGGUGCUCGUCCUGGUUCUCCUCAUGUUCCCUCCUCCUCCGCCUCCUCGCCCUCCGCCUCCUCCUUCUCCUCCUCCUCCUCCUCCUCCUCC